AUGUUCCUGGCAACGAUCCUGCAUUACCUCUGGCAUUUACUGUACGUGUGGUUCGCUUAUCGAUCCGUUCGCCUGGCAUGGGAAAUUCUCAAAGCGAUUUACGUCUACUUUGUGGCACCGGCUCUGAGGUUCGGCGUCAACUUCGCUGAUUAUGAAGACACUUGGGCCGGUAGGCAGAUUUUGAUACCGAAGCACUUGUUGUUCCUCAGUAUGCUAUGUUGA